UUUUUCCCCCUCCGGUUUCCUGUCGGAAGGAAUUGAAUGUAGCGCAUGCGCUUUGCUGUUGUGGAAGUGUUGUACAGUGAUAAACGCAAACAAAUCAGAGGAAACAUAAAGUGUUAGAUUGUACUUCAUAUAAUGGCAGUGAACGCUGUGCAUUUAGAGUCAGACGCAUUUCUAGUCUGUAUGAAUCAUGCUCUGAGCACGGAGAAAGAGGAAGUAAUGGGGCUCUGCAUUGGCGAGGUGGACACAAACCGCAUUGUGCACAUUCAUUCUGUCAUAAUUCUGCGUCGAUCAGACAAGAGGAAAGACAGAGUGGAGAUAUCACCAGAGCAGCUGUCAGCAGCGUCCACCGAAGCGGAGAGGUUGGCUGAGAUGACAGGACGUCCCAUGAGAGUUGUGGGCUGGUACCACUCUCAUCCACACAUCACUGUGUGGCCAUCACAUGUUGAUGUUAGGACUCAAGCAAUGUAUCAGAUGAUGGAUCAGGGUUUUGUAGGACUCAUCUUCUCAUGUUUUAUAGAAGAUAAAAACACAAAGACUGGUAGAGUCCUGUACACCUGUUUCCAGUCAGUACAAGCCCAGAAAGGCUCAGAGUAUGAGCGGAUUGAGAUCCCCAUUCAUGUAGUCCCACAUGAAGCCAUCGGGAAAGUAUGUCUGGAGUCUGCCGUGGAACUGCCCAGAAUCCUCUGUCAAGAAGAACAGGAUACAUACAGAAGGAUUCACAGUUUAACUCAUCUGGAUCCAAUCACAAAGAUACAUAAUGGAUCAGUGUUCACUAAAAACCUGUGCAGUCAGAUGUCGGCCAUUAGCGGCCCGCUGCUGCAGUGGCUGGAAGAUCGACUGGAACAGAACAAACAAAGUAUCAUCCAACUCCAGAAGGAGAAAGAGCAACUGACACAAGAACUGGCUUCAUUAUAAGGAGAAUAGUUCUUUUUUUUUUUUUUUUUGCAUUUCUUAAGUUUUUGCACUGAAAGCACUGUUUUUUUCUGGCCUGCUGCCACAUUUUGAUCAGGAAUCACUGGGAGGGCAAAGACAGGAUGUCUGUAAUUUUACAUUUUGGCACCUCAGCGCAUAUAUAUAUAUAUAUAUAUAUAUAUAUAUAUAUAUAUAUAUAUAUAUAUAUAUAUAUAUAUAUUAUAUAUUAUAUAUGUGUGUGUGUGUAUUACAUGCUGGUAUCUCUAGUAGUAGUAUGUAUACUCACUGAAUAUUCUUAAAAAGGUUGUUGGUUGCUUUAUCUUCUUUUUUCUCUAUUACGGAUUUGAUUUUGAUGGUUCUGUAAACGUGACAGUGACAGACAUUAUUUAAUGAAGCUAUUUUUUCUUUUUUAUAUAUAAGCUGUAAAUCUCUGAAUGUACAUACAUGCCAAUUUAAAAUGACAGUGUGAAAUAAAAGGGAGAAUCUCUAAAUAUUAUGAUUCUUUAAACAAUAUAUGAUCAUGAAAUCUAGAGCGACUUACAUUAUAAUUACAGAAUAUUUCUUUUCUCUCCUUAACUAAAUUCAUUUUGGAAUCUGUGUUUAGAAAUCAAACCUCUAGCAUCUUAAACUCUGUAACACUUUGAAAACAUC